GUGACGGUGGUGCUGGAAAGACGUCUGGUGGUGUGGCUUCCCCUCGCGCGCUGCACUCCACUCUUCCUUCCUUCUUCGGCGGUGCGUGGCGCUGCGCUGUUCUGCUGAGUGCGUGCAUGUGUAUGUGUGUACGCCGAACUGAACCAAGAACGUGAGCGAGGAUCUGAGUAGUGGUGGUGAUGGUGGUGGUGAACGUGGUGGAGUGUGGUGAGGGGGAUGACAGAGGUGGAGGUGGUGGAGGUGGUGGAGGGAUCGCAGCACCAGUGGCCCCCCCGUCCCUGGUCCACUACCCCGCCCACAAGUGCCCGGCCAAGGGGGACCUGUACCCUUCGCCCCCGGGGUACGAUAGCGACUCCGGCAACAGCGAGCACAGCAGCAGCGGGCGGGGCAGCGGCGGGAGCGACCUUGGCAGUGAAGUGGAGCGUGAUGGGUCCCGCCUGGAGGACAGUGGCAGAUACAGUAUAGAGGGGGAGUUGAUUCGAACCCCGGGCCCCCCCUCCACCCGCCCCGACCCAGCUCAGACCGAGACCAAGAGCCAGGAAAAAGCGGAGCCUGAAGCCACCAGGCCCUACCGACGCACCGUGCCCGUCACCCACCCUCCCGUCGACGCCCCCCUCUGCGUGCACUGCUGCCGUCGGGACCUCUCCUUCUUCAACCCUGGCUGCGCGGGAUGCUCCGGGCUCCUCCGCCGCCCCUCCACCACCCCCGCCCACCUCUUCGCCAUCAUGCGCCAGUGGGUCCCCGAAGUGCAGCAGAAUAUACACCACUUCGUAAGGCAGGCCCUGGGGCUCGGAAGUCACGUGGACGACCGAGACGCCCUCACCGACAUGACUCUCCUGCACUACGCGGUGAAGGCAGGGAGCAACGGGGUGGGGGACCAGGACACAGCACUCCAGGUGGUGAAGGAACUCCUGCGAGCCGGCGCCGACGUCCACCAGCGCUGCCGAUGGACCCACAUGACCGCCCUGCAUUACGCCGCCUACUUCGAUGUGGCGCCCGUCCUCCACCUCCUGCUGAAAGAUCCCAUGGGCGUGUGUGUGAACGACGCCUGCCUCGAGUACUCUGGGGGCACGCCGCUGCACAUCGCCGCCGCCAACCUGUGCCUGGCCGCCGUGCGUGUUCUGCUGCAUCACGGCGCGCUGCCCACCCUCACCGACACACAGGGCCGCACUCCCUUCCAGUGCAUCCCGACCCCCGAACAGUACGAGUUGGUACCCGAUGUUCAGGAGGUCAUAUCAUGCCUCCGCCACCUCCUCUCCCCGUCAGCCGCGCACGCCCACACCCACGCCUCCCACGCCUACCCCGCCCACGGCACAGCGGGUCAGGGCUCCUCCGGGAAGGCGGUGCUGAAGGCGAUGGGGCUCAAGCUUGGCGAUCGGGUCUUGGUUAGCGGAGUGAAGACUGGAGUGCUGAGGUUCGCAGGCACGACGGAGUUCUCGACGGGGCUGUGGGCCGGCGUGGAGCUGGAGACGCCGACGGGACGACACAACGGCACCGUCAAGGGCGUCAUGUACUUCAGAUGCGCCAAGAACUACGGAAUCUUCGUACCCAUGAACCGCCUGACGAAGAUACCUCACGUGGGCGGCGGGGGUGGAGGGGUUGGCUGCGGGGUCGGCGGCGGCGGCGUGGUCAGGCAGGGUCGCUCCUCCUCGCAGGCCCAGCGGCACCACCACCACCGCCGGGCAGCCUCGCGACGCUCCGCCUCUCUCCCGCCCGGCCGCGUCAACCAUGGCCGCGUCGACGUGUCCCAAGUGGCGUCCAAGGUGGCGCAGGACAUCCGCGACACCACCCGCAAGAUCGUAAUAGGGGACCGGGUGUUCGUGGACAUGGGCCUGGGCAGCGGCUCGGCGCGGGUGGUGACGGGCUCGGUGCGGUACACGGGCGCCGUCCACUUCGCCUCCGGGUUUUGGGUCGGCGUGGAGCUCGACGUCGGCCGCGGCACCAACGACGGCUCGGUCAACGGCACCAAAUACUUCACGUGUAGGCCCCAUCACGGCAUCUUUGCGGCGCCUUCCAGAGUGAUCAAAACCAGCGGCGAAACAAGUCCAUCAGAGUGCCCAUCGGAGCUCUACCAACACGACACCCGGCAGUCCUUCCUCAGCCACAGCCGCCAGUCCCUCUCCUCCCACCACGGCUCCUCCCACGCCCUCCACCUUCCCUCCAGCGGGCCCCUCAGCCUCGGGUACUCCUCCUCAACCCUCAAUAGCCAGGGCCCCAGGAGUCUAGGCUGGGGCGGGACAAUAGAAGGCUCAUCCUCAUCAACUAAUCUUGACGUCCACGACUCUUGCUGCGCCUCCUGCUCCGCCUCACAGCACCUUCUUGAGACGAGUGGCCCCGCGUCGCUCAAGACCUCCCAGACGAUCAAACCGGCCAUCUACCCCGCGAACACCGCCAUGACGAGCCUCAACCGCUCCUUCUCCGCUAGGUACGCCACGUCCCGUCAGCGUCAGGAGGAGCUGGAGCGGGCCGCGGAGGAGCGUCGGCAGCAGCAGGUGUGGUUUGACCCGCCGGUGCUGCAGGCCACGCCCAAGGCCGAGCGGAAGAAGCGGGAGAACCAGCACUGGCUCGAGGUGGGCCACAACGUGCUCUACAAGAAUAUCGUCGGCAUCAUCAAGUACAUCGGGCGCGUGGACUUCGAGGAGGGCGUGUGGCUGGGCGUGGAGCUGCGUUCGGCCAAGGGCAGGCAUGACGGGACGGUGCGGGGUCGUCGCUACUUCACCAGCAAGCCUCGUCACGGCGUCAUGGUGCGGCCCAACAAGGUGUACGUCCGCGGCAUCAACGGCUCCAAGCUGGUCAAGCCCGAGGACGAAGACCAGGAGGAGGACUACCCUUGAAGAAGUCUAGAUAAGUCGGGACAUUGACAGAACCUUCACGUAGAGGAUUCAUAGCCAAGGAGAAUAUGUACAGCACUAACAAUAGGAUUUUCUGUCAUUUUGUUCUGGUUUUCUGCUUUUCUGUCAUUUAUGCCUCUUGUUUUCCUUCCUUGGCACGAGGAUAAAAGUUAGCGCAGAACAUUCACAGCCAAUGGGGAUGUGUACAGCACUAACGAGAGGAUUUUCUGUCAUUUUGUUCUUGUUUUCUGCCUCUGUUAGUCAUUACUUCUGGUUCAUUCCUCGACACGAUGAUAGAAGUCAACGCAGAACAUUCACAGCCAAGGAGAAUGUGUACAGCACCAACAUAAGGGUUUUCAGUCGCUUUCUUCUGAUUGUCUGCUUUUCGAUGAGUCAUGCCUUGAAGUUCUAGAUCAGCUGCUGUCUUGAUCAUCACACUUGGUUCCUUCCUUGGUAUAAGUAUAGGAGUCAACCCAAAACAUUCACAGCCAAGGAGAAUGUGUACAGCACCAACACAAGGGUUUUCAGUCGCUUUGUUCUGGUUUUCUGCUUCUCUCUCAGUCAUGCCUUGGGGUUCUGGGUCAGCUGCUGCCUUAGUCAUCACUCCUUGUUCUUGUUACCACUGGAGGUCGUCAGGGCAGGAUUUACGGGGAUAUGUAAGAGCAAAUUUGGGUUUUAAUACCUUUAUAUAACUAACUACGACGUGAGGCAUCCCGAGACUUAUUUUUCAAGACUUCAAAUUGCAAAGAGGACGCGUGAAGCCAGACUGUAAUACGUCUAAUUAGUGUUCAUUUAUUUAACAAAACAGCAAACCAGCAGUUAAUCAGUGCCUCAGCUAUUGCCACGGACUAAAGACGGGGAAUAAUGUGAGAGACUUACCAUUGGGUCACCGUGUAGUCCAUGGCAAACAGAGUGACCCUGGCUGCCCUAAAUCUGACCCUGGUGGCUGUUACACUCUCUCGCUACACCCACAGUACACAGGGCCUUCUCUCCUACACACGGUCUGGCUGCACAUACUAGGAUUAUCAUGUAUACAGAUCCAUAAGCCUUGUUACAUCGAUGGAGGCCCAGGCACAUUGAGGUUUAAGGUCUCGUGUUGAUAUGCUUAUAUUAAACCUCUCAUAUACACAUUGUCUGGCUGCACACACUAAGGUUAUCACAUGUACAGAUCCAUAAGCGUUGUCACAUUGAGAGAGUCCCAAGCACACUAUGGUUCCAGGUCCCGUGUUAAUAUGCUUAUCUCAGGCCUUCUCUUUUAUACAUUGUCUGGCUGCACACACUAAGGUUAUCACGUGUACAGAUCCAUAAGCGUUGUCACAUUGAUGGAGGCCCACACACAUUAUGGUUCCAGGUCCCGUGUUAAUAUGUUUAUCUCAUGCCUUCUCUUUUAUACAUUGUCUGGCUGCACACACUAAGGUUAUCACGUGUGCAGAUCCAUAAGCGUUGUCACAUUGAUGGAGGCCCACGCACAUUAUGGUACAAGGUCCCAUGUUCGUAUGUUCAUCUCAUGCCUUCUCUUUUAUACACUGUCUGGCUGCACACACUAGGUUUAUCACGUGUACAGGUCCAUAAUUGUUGUCACAUUGAUGGAGGCCCACGCACAUUAUGGUACAAGGUCCCAUGUUCGUAUGUUCAUCUCAUGCCUUCUCUUUUAUACACUGUCUGGCUGCACACACUAGGUUUAUCACGUGUACAGGUCCAUAAUUGUUGUCACAUUGAUGGAGGCCCACGCACACUAUGGUUUAAGGUUUUGUGUUGACGUAUUCAUGUUAGCGCAAUGGUUAGCGUGUCUGAAGAGCCGAGGGGACAGCCACGCCAACACAGGCCUCACGGGAUGCUUCAUAUAGGACGGUUUACUGCACUUUGGGACCCUUGCACUGGGGACGAAGGUGCACUGGACAGCAGAUGGUGGAGCAGGGCGCAGCAGGGCGUAACAGGACCUUCAUAGCAUCAGCAGAAAGUAGGUGAUGGCAGUGUUGUAAGAGUCACGGUGGUAGAGUGUCCGUAGCUUGUUUCGUAGUCUAGCUGGUCGGUUGUUUGUCCAUAGCUUUAAGUUAGCUCGUGUUCAAGCAGGGGAGGGUGAGUGAGGGAGUGCUCGGGGCCGCCUGAGAGACACACCAGCCGCUCUGCUGGUUCAGAGGCGCCGGGUGUGGGACGGACGGGACGGGAAGGGACGGUAUAGGGCACAGUUGAGGGAAUGCUUGUUUGGUGAUCAUAUGUUGAAAUAGAUGUAAGGUAGCACUGGCCAUCCCAUUCCAUUGACUAUAGGAAAAGAAAAGGAUGGGAAGGGAUGGGAAGGGCAAGGCUGAGGGAAUAGCUGAUAGGUGAAUAUAUGCUGAAGAAAUUAGGUGACAGAUACUGCUGGCUAUUUCACUCCAUUAACUCAAUAUAGGAACGGGAUGGGAAGGGCAGGGUUGAAAUUGACUAGUGGAUUAUAUUAUGGAAAGGAAAAUAGAUGUCAAGUACUGGUCAUCACAUUCCCUAAACGACAGCAAAUAGGUACAUUGGUUAUAGGGACGAGACUGAAUAAAGGAGGGAAGGGAUGGGGCACGGAUGAGGGAAUGGUUGACUGGUGAUAAUCUUGAAAGGAAAAUAGAUAUCAGGUACUAGCCAUCCAGUUCUCUCAACAAUAUUAUAAAAGGUACAUUGACUAUAAGGACGAGACUGAAUAAGGGAGGGCAGGGAACGGAUGAGGGAAUGAUUGAUCGGUAAUUAUAAUGUUGAAAGGAAAAUAGAUAUCAGGUACUAGCCAUCCAGUUCUCUCAACAAUAUUAUAAAAGGUACAUUGACUAUAAGGACGAGACUGAAUAAGGGAGGGCAGGGAACGGAUGAGGGAAUGAUUGAUCGGUAAUUAUAAUGUUAAAUGAAGAUGGAUGUUAAAUACUAGCCACCCCCUUCACAAAACAACAUAGUGACUAUACAAAGGCACUAAACAAUAUAAAGAAGGAAUCUGUUGCCCUUCCCAUGGCGUGCAUUACAAAUAAGAGAAUGGAGAAUGUUAUAUAUUUACUAGAUUUGUAUUAGAAUAUAUGUGUAUGUUACUGUCCAGAUGUUAAUAUAUAUAUCUUCACCUCUAUGCAGAGUCAUAAAGUGCAAUAUUUUAUUACUAA